CGUCCUUUGCUUUGAUACGUGAAUUUUACAAUUUUAGGGUCAAAAUCAAAAUCGAUUUGAUAUUCUAUAGCUGAUUUUGACUGGAAAAUGAGCCUCUUAUUAAGACCUCUCGCCCGAGUCAGCGUGACUUCAUGGACACGGGCCUGCUUUUCAACAACAUCGGUCGCUUUAAAGGAUCCUCGAAAGCAAAAAGAAGCUCCUAUUAUGGAAGCCUCAUUAGUCAUUGCCGACGAUGAACAGCAGCGCGAGAGGGAAAAACUGGCCAGCACUAUCACCGUUCCAACUAAGGUGAAUUUAGCGCCGAUUACGGGCGUUCCGGAGGAACACGUAAAGGAACGUCGCGUGCGAAUCUUCAUGCCGGCGAAAAACGCUAUGCAGAGCGGCACCGACAACAUCCAUCAGUGGUGUAUCGAGUUCGACAACCGCGAACGCUGGGAGAAUCCACUAAUGGGAUGGGCUUCCUCAGGCGAUCCACUAUCGAAUAUGCGUGUGGAAUUCGGUUCAACGGAUGAAGCAAUUGUACACUGCGAGAAAAAUGGUUGGAGAUGGUUUAUAGAUGCACCAGAGGCAGAGAAGAAGAGCCGUGUUAAGAAUUAUGGUGUCAACUUUUCAUGGAACAAGCGUACUCGAGUUUCUACCAAAUAGGGAACGAAAACAUAUUGUUGAAAGGGAACGUUGAAAGUUCUUUCGAUGAUUGGCAGAGAAAAUAUUUACCAUUACUAAUUUGUUUUUGUAUUUUCUGUUACCUACUACUGUGUUCUCAUAAAAUAAAGAAUUAAAAA